CAAACAAUCCGCCCAUUCAUCCGAAUCACAAAUUAAGCUCCAUUAAACAUAAAACACAUAAAAAAAGAAGAUUAGGAACAAAAAAAAGUUUCACACAUAUCUUCUUAAUCAAAGUUUACCCUUAGACCUGUUCUGAAUCACGCAAUUAAAAACACUCGAACAAUGUCACGUGACUCUCGUCCCGCGUUUGACCCAUACAAACACCUCAACAUCACAAUUAACCCCAACGGCUCUUGCACCCGCCACUUCGUUUGGCCGAUGGUUAAUCCCGACCCAGAUCCAUCCCCCGGCAAGAUCGCCGCCACCAAAGACGUCACCAUUAACCAGGAAACCGGUGUUUCCGUACGUAUUUUCCGACCAACCAAUCUCCCAUCCAACGAUAACGCCGUCGCUCGUCUCCCAAUCAUCCUCCAUCUCCACGGCUCCGGCUGGAUCCUUUACCCGGCCAAUUCAGCCGCGAAUAACCGUUGUUGCUCUCAGAUGGCCAAUGAGUUAACGGUGAUCAUCGUCUCCGUGCACUACCGUUUAGCUCCUGAACAUAGACUCCCAGCUCAAUACAACGACGCAUUGGAUGCUCUUCUUUGGGUCAAACAACAAGCCGUUGACUCAGCCAACGGCGAGCCUUGGCUUAGAGACUACGCCGAUUUCUCGCGGUGUUACAUCUGCGGUUCGAGUAACGGCGCUAACAUCGCUUUCCAGUUGGCCCUCAAGUCACUAGACCACGACUUAACGCCGUUGAAAAUCGACGGCUGCGUGUUCUACCAACCGCUCUUUGGCGGUAAAACGAGGACGAAAUCGGAGCUCAAGAACUUCGCCGAUCCGGUAAUGCCGGUGCCGGCGUUUGACGCCAUGUGGGAACUAUCCUUGCCGGUGGGUGUUGAUCGCGAUCAUAGGUACUGCAAUCCGAUUGGCUAUUUGCCGCAAAAGGAGAAAAUUGGACGGCUUGGACGGUGUCUGGUGAUCGGUUACGGCGGAGACACGUCGUUGGAUCGGCAACAAGAUUUCUUGAAUCUGUUGGUUACGGCUGGAGUUAGGGUUGAAGCAAGGUUUGACGACGCCGGUUUCCAUGGCAUUGAGCUAGUCGAUCCACGGAGAGCCGUUGCUCUUCUUAAUAUGAUCAGAGAUUUUAUCAACUAA